CCAGUUUGUUGGCUGUCAAUAAAGUACCUAUCUUUCAAUAUGGCUAUUCAUACCCUCUCAUUAUUGCAAGAAGCGUGCACGACGUUAAACCCCAUUUCACCCGACGCCAUAUACAAAAAGUGAGUACUUACAAAUUACAUGCUGUAUACAUUCAGUUGUGAGAAACAGUUUAAACAACAAGAUGACACGUCUGACGCGGCAUGGCUGACUAUUACUAGAAUACACACAGCAGACAGACAAGUUUAUCUCAUGAACCCUUGUUGCAAAAUGGACACAAUGUGGACAAAUCUAGGAAAUAACACUCCAAUAUCGGACGAGACUCAAGCUAGAGACAGGUUCUCUUGAGGAGCGGAGCACGGUAUAACAGCAUCUUGUAUUUCAAAACAAGUUUCAGCUUAAAAUGUUACUUUGAGUACAGGCAGAUUGCACUAUGGCCCACAGGCGGACAACGAGCGUGUCAGAGGACGAGCCCGUGUACAGAGUGGUGCGUCCAAAACUCCACACACCAUACCUGUUAAGAACUGACCCAUUCAACUCCAAAAUUACUCCUAAUGAUCUACACUGGGCUGCAGAAAAGGGAAACAUCAACCUGCUGGCGCAUCUCCUCCUUGAGAACCACGCUACUAACAUCACCGACGCCUUUGGCCGUACACCCCUCCACGAGGCAGCGGCGAACAACCAGCUGCAGGCCGCUGAUUGGCUAAUGUUCCAUGGUGCAGAUCCACACAUUAAGGACUAUGAAAGUCACACGGCCAUGUCGAUGAGCAAAAGCGAAAAGAUGACACAAAUACUGUCCCAGAACCCGCCGAGCAAGAGGCCAGAAACUAUCAUCCUGAUUAAGGACACAACGCACGACGUGUAUGCCCUGGACGUGUUGGUGUUCACCGGGAACCAGUUCGGCCCUGAACCAUCCUACAUGACCUGCAGAAGACGGUCGCCAUCGAAGAGCUCCCUCAGGCACAAACUUGCAAAAGGGGAACACUUCUGGCGGGAUGUAAUUGAGUACAAGAUGUCGCAGGUCAACUCGUCCAGUGUGGUGACAGUUAAUCUGUUGGUUGCCGACCUUCCUCCUUCUACCAAUGAACUGAUCCUGAAGAUAGAAGGAGUGGGUGGCCAUGUCAAGGACGUCAAGCCAGGAAUGGAUAAGUUCUUUAUAACGGACAAUGAAGUCUGGGUAUGCCAAGUUCUUGUCCAUCUGAACAAGUCUGGGUCAAUUGGUUUAUGUUCUCGACCAAAGUCAGAGGUAAUGUCGAUACCACAGGACGGUGGUCAAGUGAAGUCCAGGACCAACAGUGGCGUGAAGCUCAGUGUUCCUCCUCAUGCGUUCAAGCGACCGGGCAAUGUGUUGCUGACAAUUGAAGAGGUUCCAGAAAUGGAGAAAGAAGACACCAUUAUAUCCCUUUCCCAUUUCUACAACAUGGAACAUAGCUCUUGUUCCAGAGCCUCAGAGGAUAUCGAGAUGACUCUCCCCAUCCCGAGUGGGUACACGGGCGACGGGGAGAUGGUGGUCCUGUCGAGGCCAGGGUCGGCGAUCUCAUCUGAAGGGGAAGAAGAACAAGAAGCGGAGGAGGCUGAGAGAUGGGAGGUAAUGGAGGCAAAGGUGGAACCUGAUGAAGGCAGGGUCAGAUUCAAGACAAACAACAUGGGCAUUAACGCACCAGUUGAAGUUGAGAAAGGUGCAAACAGAGAAGACAUCCGAACACAGACUGCAAACAUAUACUCGAAGAGAAAAGACUGCCAUGUGAAAUUUCUGGUUGUUGGGAAAGUCCUUGGUUUUAACCAAUUUGACAUUGUGGUAGAGUGUCUAAAACCAGAUCAGAUAUAUCUCCGUCUUGAUGAGUGGAAGAAGGAAUCGUACACACGACUGAGAGUCAGUGGAGACUUUCCCUCUAAAAUGAACCAAAAAUAUCGCCUUGAGCUCCAGGGAAAUUUGAAGUGUUUAUACAGACUCAGUGAUCUUCAUCUCGAACUCCUGCCUGGGCAAAUGAGUCACCAGAGCCUUCUUGUGGAAAUCCAAAAUGUAAGCGAUGCCCCAAAUGGAAGCAUUGCGGUUCACAUGGUGGGGCACAAUGGAGUGAGCGUUGUUACACAGCUGCCUCUUCUGUUGGGAGAACAACUGCAAGAAUCUUCACAAGCAGCUCGAGAGGACAAUGAGAAUACUGCACGUAAAACUUCUGGAACAAAUCGACCUCGAGUUCCUGACAAAGGAAAUGUUAGGUCCAGAAUACCAAGAAGAAUUAAGUCAUACCCAGGUGAGAAUGGAACGACGGUAAUGGAUGAUAACAUGGAAAGACCAUUUGAGAUAUAUGAAACCACUGAUGACCUACUUCCUCAUGAUGGUAAGCCUCAUCAGCCUCUAAACCAACAACACAUGGGUUUGCAUUCUGGUUUGGAUGUUCCAGAUGCAAUGCCAGGACUGUCAAGUAAUGAAGGCACAGCCCCCAUCAGGCAAAGCAAAGUCAGUUCCCACACCCGUUACACACAGAGAACGGGAAGGUUUGACCACCAUGUAGUGUAUGAUAGGGAUCAGUCAGGAAGACCUAUGGACUCGAGGCGAUCUAGUAUCCAGCCCAAUGCAAAUAGCAGACGUUUAUCGAACGCCUCGGGAGUGAGUCUGCCUGCUGGGGUUGGUGUUACCCUUGGUGGUGCUGCAGCCAGUGAGGACGGAGACGUACAAAGUGUUUAUGAAGGCUAUAGUGGGAGUGAAGGUGUACGUGGGCGCAUCACUGAGUCGAGGACGUCGUCCCUAGCUCAGCAUAUUCUCAGCACAGCUCCUGCAUCGGAGGACCCUGAGUCGCUGCCUAUAGAGGAAGGUAUCAGCGCUCCUGUAUCCAACAGUUUCCUUGCAAGCUUAGUAAAGGUCAUGUCACCGGAUUUGUUGCUGUUUGUUCAACUUGGAUUACAUGAUCGCGAGAUCCAGAAAAUAAGGAAGGACACAGCCACCACAGACAUUGAAUAUACCAUGUUUGUGAUGUUGGACAAGUGUCGUGAGAAGCGAGGAGACAAUGCUGCAUUCCUACAUAUGCUGCUUUUAGCCCUGGAAGACUUCCAACAGAAUGAUACCAAACAGUGGGUCGUGAACCGUAUCAAUCGAUGGCUAGACACGUGUCCCUCUGGAGAUCAAGUCUUUGUUCGAAAGGUUCACUCCAUUGCCCGUCGCUUUCGAGAAGCCUAACAUUUUAGGAAUCACUUUGAACUCUGAAUCGCAUUGAGUAUCACAAGUACAGAAGCCGCCAUCUUUACGAAACCAAAUGCAAUCUGCAUAUUAAUACUGAGAUACGGUUAACUGGGACAAUGAUUGAAGAUAUUUAUUUACCUCGCAUUUAUCCAUAAGAGUUUUCUUAGAAAAUACAACAUAUUCUACAUAAUAGUAAUACUGAUUAUGAGUACAAAAAAAGUCCAUUUAUGAUGCCCCAAAUUCCAUUCACCAGUGACCCGUGAAGAUCCGGGGUAGAAUAGGUCUUCAGCAACUCGUGCUUGCCGUAAAAUGCGACUAUG